AUGAUUUCCGAUGAGGUGGCGGCCACACACAAUGGCGAAGCUGUUGAGUUUUGGCAGCAGUACUUCAAUGAUUUGGAUGCCUCUGUGUUUCCCGCCUUGCCCUCGGGCACUGCCGAGCCACGGCCCAGCGCAACAGCCAAGCACGGCUUCUCGUUGCCUGUUGAAGGAGUUCAACAGCAGUGGGAGUUGGGGCUCCUCACUCAAACCGCACUCGCCGUGCUCCUCGCCAAAUAUACCAACGCUCAGGAAGCACUUUAUGGCUUUGUGUUGGAGCAGCUGCCCUCUCACGGGAAGGGGGACCGCCUGACUAGGGGCCCGACCACAGUGACUUUGCCCACUCGCGUCCUGUGCGGGCCGGACCGGUCGGCAGCGGACAUCAUGCGAGAUCUUGCUUCCCACUUUACUUCCACACGCGAGCUUGAGCACAUUGGCCUGGACGGCAUCUCCGAUAUCAAUGAUUUCUGCUUCACAGCCUCGCAGUUUCAAACCUUGUUGAUCGUCACAACUGAUGAAGGUCUGCAUGCCUCCAGCGGCUCCCCCAUGACUACGCCAGACCCGUUACCGGUCUACGGAAACCGUGCCCUCUUGAUCCACUGUAGCUUCAGUAAUGGGUCUGCUUCAUUGUUGGCUCAUUAUGAUGUCAAUGUGAUUGGGGGGGUUCAAGUAACUCGCUUUUUGCGUCAGCUCGGGGCAGCAAUCGUCGAGCUUCAGAGCCGCUCUAUCCAGCUUCCCUUGGCAGGCAUCAACUGUGUCACGGCGGAAGAUAGGGAAGAAAUAGGGAGGUGGAGCUCGAAGGAGCUGAAGAUGUCCGAGCAAUGUAUACACCAAGUCGUCGCUGAAUAUGCAUUUCGUACCCCAAAAGCUGCUGCCGUGGACUCUUGGGACGGACAAUGGACGUUUGCUGAAUUAGACAACGUGUCUUCUACUCUGGCGCUAUAUAUCCAGCAGCUCGAGACAAACACCGGCGCUGUUGUGCCGAUUUGCUUCGAGAGAUCGAAAUGGGUUAUUGCGAGCAUAUUUGCCGUGCUCAAGGCUGGCUUGGCCUUCACCCUCAUCGACCCGUCUCACCCACGUGCGAGGAUAGCCCAGGCCUGCAGACAAACGUCGGCCGUGGUGGCUUUGACUUCCAAGCUCUGCAUUGGUACCCUGGAGGACAUAGUUCCCCAUUGUAUAGUGGUGGAUGAUUUCCUUCUGGCCUCGCACAAGGGUGCCAGUGAAAAGUUCAAACCCUUGGCGAGACCGCAGGACCUCGCUUACAUCUUUGCGCCUGGCGCCGUGGUUGGCAGCCUGGGCCGAGGUGUAGGCGCACGCUUGUGGAUCACCGAUCCCGAGGAUAUUGACAGACUUGCACCAAUCGGAGCCGUGGGUGAGCUUGUUGUUGAAAGCCCUGGCGUGGCGCGUGGCUAUAUCGGCAGCCAGCAGCAAAGCAACUCGCCGUUUUACCCAACACCGCCAAAAUGGUACCACGAGGGGGAAGGCCAUGAUGGUUUUCGAUUUUACAGAACCGGCGAUUUAGUUCGCUACCAGUCUGAUGGUACACUUGUGUAUCUUGGACGCAAGGACUUGCAGGUUAAGAUAAGGGGUCAGCGUGUCGAGAUCGGCGACGUUGAGACUCAUCUAAGAGGGCAGUUACCAGUCGAUAUAACACCAGUCGUGGAGGCUAUUGAGAGCCCCGGUGCAUCCGGAAGUGUUAUCUUGGUCGCCUUCUUGGUAGAUUUGGCACAAAAGGAUGCGGAGAACCCAGACACAGUCUCGGCAGCGGCAGCCGCGGCUGUGUUGAUAGACGGGAAAGAUGCACAAAGCAUUAGUUCCAAGUUGCAACAAGUGGUGCCUCAGCACUCCAUCCCGUCCCAUUAUAUUCGUUUGCGCCGCCUCCCCCGUGGCGCCACUGGAAAAAUGGACCGAAAACGCCUCCGGGUGAUAGGAGCGGAGGUGUUACAACAAAAGGUCUUUGGGGGCCAAAGUUCCGCCUCGGAGUGCAGUGUCGCCCAAAGAUUACAUUCGGGAAGCCCCUUACAACAGAUUUGGUUUGAGAGUUUAGGUUUAAAUCCUACUGCCGACAUUCGGACGAACAACUUUUUUGACCUGGGUGGAGAUUCCAUCGCAGCUAUAAAGGUGGUAAACUUGGCAAGGCGACGCGGCAUUGUCAUAACUGUGGCUGAUGUUAUGCGGAACCCGACGCUGCCAGGUCUGGAGGCCGCGGUGAGGCAGCAUGGUGUCGUACAUGCCUCCAUUCGCUAUUCUGAAUACCAGGAACCGACCGUAUUGUCUUUUGCCCAGGGCCGCAUGUGGUUUUUACACAAGCUUAACAGCGGUGCCCCGUGGUACCUCAUCCCACUCGCCAGCCGACUCCGAGGCCCUCUGCGUCUAGAUGCGCUUUCCAGGGCUCUACAUGGACUCGAAAAACGUCAUGAGACUUUACGCACAACCUUUGAAGAGCGGGACGGUGUUGGCAUGCAAGUUGUUCAUCCUCCUCGCGCCGAGGUGUUUGAGCUCCUCGACUUGACAGACGGCAGCUCCGACUACAAGGAGGUGCUGCAUCGCCUACAGACAACCCCCAUCGACAUAACAAAAGAGUUUGGCUGGAGGGUGAACUUGUUGCGGCUUGGCAAAAAUGACCAUGUGCUAUCUAUUGUUUUGCAUCAUAUAAUUUCUGAUGGCUGGUCUGUGGACCUUUUACUCGGGGAACUUGGUUUAUUUUAUGGCGCGGCGGACCAAGAUCCUCUGUCCUGCGGGGCCCCCCUCCCCAUUCAAUACCGCAACUUUGCCGAAUGGCAACAGCAGCUGGAGACCAACCCGGAUCAAACUGCCGAGUACGAGCGCCAGCUCCGUUACUGGAUUGGACAAUUAAAAGACAGUUCUCCCGCCGAGCUCAUUGCAGACUUCCCUAGGCCCCCCAUAUUAUCCGGCGAAGCUGACGCUGUUCGAUUUUCGAUACAAGGCGAGCUUUACGAUGCCUUGAAAGCAUUUUCCAAUCUCUAUCAAGUAACAGACUUCGCAGUCCUUUUGGCAACUUUCCGUGCUACCCACUAUCGGAUGGUAGGAGCAGAGAACGCAGCGAUCGGUGUACCCGCUGCUGGUCGCACCCGGCCUGAACUGGAGGACUUGGUUGGAUUUUUCGUCAACACCCAGUGCAUUCAAUUGCCAAUUGGACCUGGGGAAACCUUUGAGACACUGGUGCAGCAAGCCUGGCUAAAUUCGACGACCGCGCUGGAGAAUCAAGAUGUUCCUUUUGAGCGGGUUGUGGCCGAGGUCGCCCCUGGAUUACACGAUAUGUCGCGGAAUCCUCUCGUUCAACUUAUGUUCGCCGUUCAUUCACAGACCAAUCUUCGGGAUAUUGAGCUGCAGGGACUCGUCAAUGAGAAAGUUCCCUUGGCCACGCCCACACGGUUUGACGUAGAGUUCCAUCUUUUCAACGAGGAGGGAAGGUUUGCCGGCGAAGUACUCUUUUCCAAAGAUCUUUUCCUUCCCCAAUCCGUGAAUGGCAUGGUGUCCAUAUUUUUGGAAAUUUUACGUCAGGGCAUCGCUGAGCCACAUAAGCCUCUGGCAACACUAGCCUUGACUGACGGGCUCCCUGAGGUUGCUCGUGCUCUGCAACCGGGAGAGACCGAUUAUUGGCAAGAUUUGAGUGUUGUGGACGUUUUUCUCGCACAGGUGAAAAGCAGCCCGGACGCCAUCGCUAUAAUCGAUGCGUCUUCAUCUUUCACCUAUGCUGAACUGGACUUUCAAUCCACCAAGUUGGCCAGCUGGCUAGGUCGGCGGGAGAUAACGCCUGAAACCCUCGUUGGUGUAUUGGCGCCAAGGUCGUGCGAGGCUGUCGUGGCUUUCUUGGGGGUUUUGAAGGCCAACUUGGCCUAUCUGCCGCUCGACGUCAGCUCGCCCACGGCUCGCAUUGAUGCGAUUUUAUCAUCUGUCCCAGGCGAAAAAUUAAUUUUGGUUGGAUCAGAUGUGACUAUACCAACCCUUCAGACAACAAACUUGGACUUUGUCCCGAUCAAUGACACUGUUGAAAAGAAUAGUCCCUCCGACGACGAGAAACCCUCAACGCGCCCAGGGCCUAACAGUCUGGCCUACGCCAUCUUUACAUCUGGGUCGACGGGAAAGCCAAAAGGGGUUAUGAUCGAACAUAAGAGCAUAUUGCGACUGGUGAAAGGGACCAAGUCGGUAACCGCUUUGCACCCGUCACAGCCAUUAAGAGUGGCACACUUGGCCAAUACCGCUUUUGACGCGUCGAUUUGGGAGACUUAUCUGGCAAUCCUCACCGGGGGAACGUUGAUUUGCAUCGACUAUUUCACCACGAUUGACGCGAAAAAGCUAGGAGACGUCUUCGUACGGAAAUCGGUCAACGUCGCUCUACUUUCUCCUUCCCUGCUGAAGACAUUGCUGACGCACAAGCCAGAGGCGAUAAGUGGCCUGAAUGUGCUAUUCAUCGGUGGCGACCGACUCGACGAGCGGGAUACGCUCAAAGCACAAGCGUUGAUCCCUCAUGGGGUGUUCAACGCUUACGGCCCUACUGAGAAUGGUGUCAUUAGCACAAUAUUCCACGUCAAAAACAGGGACGCGAGCGACAGAUUUGUUAAUGGCGUUCCGAUUGGGCACGCCUUCAGUGACUCCAAGGCAUAUGUGAUGGACCCUGAGCAGAACAUAGUGCCGGCUGGUGUGAUGGGCGAGCUCGUUGUAGCCGGCCAGGGCCUUGCACGGGGGUACAUAGGUCCUGACUUGGACAUGGGUCGCUUUGUACACAUUAAUAUUGACGGCCAAUCCGUGCGGGUGUACCGUACCGGCGACAAAGUGCGGUGGCGGCCGGAUGGCGAACUCGAAUUCUUCGGUCGGCUGGACCAGCAAGUCAAGGUGCGAGGUCAUCGCAUUGAACCAGCGGAAAUCGAAGCGGAAAUAAUGAGACAUGAGCUUGUGCAUGAAGCCGCAGUCGUUCUUUGUCCUCAUGACGGCCGGGAAGAGCUGGUCGGCUUUGCGACUGUGGACGACACCAAGUCUACUGCGCCGAGCGAAAUGGACAAACAAGUUGGGGAUUGGAAGGAUCUCUUUGACAACAGUGCUUAUGCCGACAUCCAAUCCAUAGACACAUCCAUAAUUGGUCGCGACUUCAGUGGCUGGACGUCCAUGGUUGAUGGUAGCUUGAUCGACAGGGUUGAGAUGGAGGAGUGGCUUGACGAUACCGUGCACACACUUUUGGACGGUCAACCGGCCGGACAUGUCCUCGAGAUUGGAACCGGCAGUGGCAUGAUACUCUUCAACUUGGGUGACGGUCUCGAAAGUUAUGUUGGUCUGGAACCGUCCGGACCGGCAGUGGCGUUUGUCACAAAAGUCAUCAAGUCAAUGCCGGCCCUGGCAGAGCGGGCAAAGGUGCAUAUGGGCAUGGCGACUGAUUUGCCCCGUCUCCAAGGCCUCCGUCCUGAGUUGGUAGUGGUCAACUCGGUGGCUCAAUACUUCCCAUCUCUCAAAUAUCUGGAAGAAGUAAUCGACGUCUUGGUAUCGAUACCAGGCAUCCGACGCUUGUUUUUCGGCGACAUGCGGUCCUAUGCCAUCAAUCAACAAUUCCUCGUAGCCCGGGUACUGCAUAAAAUUGGCAUUAACGUCACAAAGGCCGAAGUACGUGAAAAAGUUGCCGAGCUGGAGGAAAACGAAGAGGAGUUGCUUGUCGACCCUGCCUUCUUCGCACAACUCGUGAAGAAAAUGCCUCACCGCGUCCGGCAUGUCGAGAUCCUGCCCAAAAAGAUGAGAGCUGCCAAUGAGCUCAGCUCUUACCGUUAUUCCGCUGUUAUCCACCUGCACACCCCUGACGAGCCGGCUUCGCCUAUUUACGAAGUCGAAGAGAGUUCAUGGACGGAUUUCACAAAGACCAAAAUGGAUGGCCAGAUGCUUUCGUCCUUGUUGCAACAUUCUAAAGGUCACAUGGUCCCCAUCGGCAAUAUUCCUCACAGCAUGACUAUCAAGGAGCGGUACAUUCUCGAGUCGCUAGACGGUGAGAACGAACCGGGUUGGAUCUCGAGCGCCCAAUCUCGUGCCAAACAAUGCGCAUCCUUGUCAGUGGCAGAGCUCCUGAGACUUGGUGAAGAAGCUGGGUACUCUGUUGAGCUGAGCUGGGCCCGACAAAGAUCACAACAAGGCGGGCUUGACGUCGUCUUCUACCGUCUCGAUAACACACACAAGAAGCAGCGGACCUUGUUCCGCUUCCCUGCCGACUCCGACUCCAGUCGCAGCCUCGCAAGCGUGCCGACACAAAAGCUGCGGGAUCGUCGUAUCGAAACAGAAAUCCGCAGCCAGUUGAAAGCCGCGCUCCCAGCUUAUAUGGUCCCGGCACACAUUAUCAUUCUUAAUCAGUUGCCUAUCACCGUCAACGGUAAGCUGGACCGUAAAGGGCUAGCAGACAAAGCCAAAACACUGUUGAAAAAAGAGCCCGGCCGGAUUACAUGGGAAGCACCGCGUACCGAAGUAGAAAUUGCGUUGUGCGAGGAAUUUUCCAAAAUUCUCGGCGUCAAAGUUAGCGCGGCGGACAACUUUUUUGACUUGGGUGGACAUUCACUCAUGGCCACGAGGUUGUUAUCGCGUAUCAACCGCCGCUUGGACGCGGAUGCAUCCGUCAAACUUCUUUUCACCUAUCCCGUGGUCAAGGACCUUGCCGCUGCCCUGGAGCAGGAGCAAGGCUCGGCGUUAUACAAGCCCAUCACCAGCACCGAAUACCAAGGACCUUUGGAACAGUCCUUUGCCCAGGGGCGAUUGUGGUUUUUGGAUCAGCUGAAUCCCAACGCAACUUUAUACAUUAUGCCUCUGGCUCUACGCUUGCGCGGCCACCUCCAAGUUGACGCACUCGCGGAAGCUUUACGUGUCCUCGAACAGCGCCAUGAAGCAUUACGUACUACAUUUAAACUAGGCGAAGGAGGUGUCGGUCUGCAAGUCGUCCACCCCCCUCGGGCCGAGGUGCUCACAAUACUCGACGUUGCGGAUGGAAACUACGAAGACAUCUUACGCCGUGAACAAACACAGCCUUUUGACUUGACUUCGGAGUUUAGCUGGCGGGUUCACCUUUUGCGACUUGGCGAAAACGAACACGUGCUGUCAAUUGUCAUGCAUCACAUCAUAUAUGACGGCUGGUCCAUUGAAAUUCUUUGCCGGGAAUUAAGCAACCUUUAUUCAGCUUUGGUCCAUGGGAAGGAUCCUACACCCAGCUUGCCGCCAAUUGCUGUCCAAUACCGUGACUUCUCUGUGUGGCAAAAGGAGGCCGAUCAAGUGGCUGAACACGAACGGCAGUUGGUGUAUUGGGCUAAGCAGUUGCAGGAUAGUGUACCAGCUGAGUUCUUUUGCGACUUUCCCCGGCCUGACAACCCAUCGGGCAAAGCUGGCGUUGUUUCCGCUGCCAUAGAAGGCUCCUUGUACGAGAACUUGCAAGCUUUCGGCCGGGCACGGAGGAUAACCACAUUCAACAUCCUGCUUGCCGCCUUCCGUGCAGCACAUUACCGCCUUACUGGGGCCGAAGACGCAGCUGUCGGCACGCCAGUAGCCAACCGCAAUAGGCCCGAACUCGAAAAUAUCGUUGGCUUUUUCACAAACACACAAUGCAUACGUAUCCGCCUCGACGCCGGUGUCACCUUCAGCGGGCUAGUCGAGCAGGUUCGUCAUACGACGGCAGCUGCCAUGGAACACCAGGAUGUCCCCUUUGACCGUAUCGUCUCGCGUGUAUACCAUGGGUCAAACCGGCAUUCGCAGAACCCGCUGGUUCAACUCAUGUUUGCUGUUCAGACUCAAGAUGAUCUUGGUGCAAUCAGAUUGGAGAGGCUCACCACGGAGUCCCUGGUAACAAUGCCUUCGACCCGAUUCGAUAUGGAGCUCCACUUGUCCCAAGAAGCGGGCAGAAUGUCAGCCACCGUCCUUUUUGCCCAAGAUUUAUUCCAUCCUGCCACAGUGCGCAGUAUCCUUUCCGUCUUCUGCGAGACGUUACGGCGUGGCCUUGCGGAUCCUGAUGUGCCGAUUGCAGAGCUGCCUCUCACGGAUGGGGUGGCCGAACUUGACGGCAUGGGCUUGUCGCAGGUUGAGAGCACGGCUUAUCCACGCGAUAUGAGCAUUGUCGACCUCUUCCAGGCCCAAGUGAAGCUCAACCGCGACGCCAUUGCCGUGACAGACACGUCGUCGCGACUGACAUACGCAGAACUUGACGAGCAAUCUGACAAACUGGCCUCCUGGCUAUGUUUACGUGGGCUACGGCCGGAAGCGCUUGUCGGCGUGCUUGCGCCGCGCUCGUGCGAGUCCAUCGUCGCAAUGCUAGGGAUUCUCAAAGCCUGCCUCGCCUAUCUCCCUCUCGACGUUAAUGUCCCGGCAGACCGCAUCGAGGCUAUACUGUCCGCGGUCCCCGGUCACAAGCUUAUCCUGUGCGGCUCCAGCGAGCGUGCGGUGGAAAAACAAUGGCCUGACACAGAACUGGUAUACAUAAGCCAUGCUCUAGGCCGUGGAGACCAUGGGACGUCACCCACGCAACGGCCCCUUGCCACUAGCCUCGCUUAUGUCGUCUUCACAUCAGGGUCAACCGGGAAGCCCAAAGGUGUAAUGAUAGAGCAUCGAGGGGUCAUACGUCUCGUAAAGGAUAGUAAUGUCGCCGCCCGCCUUCCAGGCGCUCCCUCGGUGGCACACGUUGCCAACAUUGCUUUUGACAUGGCUGUUUGGGAGAUUUAUGCGCCCCUGCUCAACGGUGGAAAAAUAAUCUGUAUCGAUCGAUUUGCCGCAUUGGACUGCAAAGAGCUCGAGUCCAGUUUUGCUCGAGAGGGGGUCCAAGCUGCUAUGUUGCCAACCGCGGUGGUCAAACGAUGCAUAGUUGACGCGCCCGAUUUGCUAAGAUCGAUGCAUACCCUUCUCGUCGGUGGUGAACUAUUCGACGCCAACGAUGCCGUCAAGGUGCGUGCCCUCGUGCCCAAUGGUAAUCUUUACAACGUGUACGGCCCAACGGAAAACACCAUCUUGAGCACCAUACAUCAGUUCAACGUCUCGGAACACUAUGUCAACGGUGUGCCCAUCGGCAAAGCCGUCAGUAAUUCUGGCGCAUACGUCAUGGACUCCCAGCAAAGGCUGGUUUCCAUCGGCGUCGUGGGAGAACUUGUCCUUACUGGGGACGGGCUUGCUCGAGGAUAUACCGAUCCAGCCCUGAACCAGGGCCGCUUCAUUUUUAUCAAUCUCGACAACCAGGUUGUGCGAGCUUAUCGGACGGGUGAUCGCGUACGUCAUCGACCAAAGGAUGGCAGCAUCGAGUUCCUCGGACGCAUGGAUCAGCAAGUCAAGAUACGCGGGCACCGGGUCGAGCCCGCAGAGGUUGAAACCGCCCUACUGGCUCACCAUUUAGUUCAUGAAGCCAUCGUCGUUGUCCGACGGCUGGAAGGCAGCGAUCCUGAUUUGGUUGGGUUCGUGACUGCCCAGAGCGACGAUUCCACGCAUCCCAGUUCGAUUGGCGAUGCCACCUCCACUGUCAAUGGGCUCGGAGGUCAGAGUGGCACUUCUGAUAUCGAAGCAAAGAUCUUGAACAGCCUCAGGGGCUUGCUUCCAUCCUACAUGGUACCCAAGCGUGUUGUUGUGCUGGACAAGAUGCCCCUCAACGAAAACGGCAAAGUGGAUCGGAAGUCACUCUCUGUGGACGCUCAGGCGGUGCCGACUGUUGACGAAGCCAUGGUCAAGCGUCAUGGGCCGCGAAACCAUGUAGAAGCGAUUGUGUGUGGACAAUUCUCUGCAGUGCUCGACGUCGAAGUAGACAUCUCGGACAACUUCUUCCACCUCGGCGGGCACUCUCUCUUGGCUGCAAAGGUGGCAUCGUCCAUAAGCCGCUUGGUGCAUGCUCGGGUCUCUGUCAGACACAUCUUCAACAACCCCGUUGUCGAAGAGCUGGCAGCCAAGAUCCAGUCCGACUUGCUGCUUGACCCUAAGGCCAGCCUCGGUGCUCCUUCGCUACCCAUUACCGCCCCAUUCGAGCUUAUUUCUCCCAAGACUUUGCAGGAAUCAAUCCUAUGUGAAGCAAGCCUGCGACUACCGCAGUAUGAUGGCUCCAUUCAAGAUGUUUAUCCUGCCACGCACACACAGAAGCUAUAUCUACACAACCCUGCAACGGGCAGUCCAAGACCAAUGGUACCCUUCGUCAUCAGCUUUCCCCCUGGUUCCGACUGCUCUCGGGCUGUCGAGACGUGCUCAGCCCUUUUUCAACAUUUUGACAUUUUCCGGACCAUUUUCCUAUGUAUCGACGGCGCCUACUACCAGGUGGUGCUAAAGAACAUUCCCGUACCAAUUGUUAUAAGCGAAACUGAAGACGACAGACUCACCAAUUCCACAUCUGAUCUUCUGCAAGGGGAUAACAGAAAACCUACUCGACUUGGAGAGCCAGCUUUCCAUUGCACAGUGUUGAAGAACAAGUCGCUUUCGGUCGUGCUCCAGAUGUCCCAUGCCAUUUACGAUGGCUUGAGUCUUGAGCACAUCGUGUACGCUGUCCACGGACUGUACCACGGAAGCUCUCUGCCCCGACCGCCUAGCUUCGUGAGCUACAUGCAGAAUCUAGCCGACAGCCGGGAAGAGGGUUAUACUUUUUGGCGCUCGCUCUUGUCGGGCUCAUCCAUGACAGUCUUGGAGACAUGCCACCACAUGCGACUACGCCAGGGCUCUGGCAGUGGCUACCUUUCACGCAUACUGGAAGUCCCGCGUCACAAGAGCAAGCUCAACAUCACCCUGGCAACAGUUUUCACUGCGGCCUGCGCACUGGCCCUUUCCGAGGAGUCGGCAUCCGGGGAUGUGCUAUUUGGACGUGUGGUAUCCGGAAGGCAUCCUCUGCCCGCGGCUUACCAACACGUCGUCGGGCCCUGUACCAACACGGUGCCUGUGCGGGUCUCGACUAAAAACAUCAGCCGGGUGGAUUUGCUGCGCCAGGUUCAAGAUCAGCACUUGCGUAGCCUGCCGUACGAAGCGAUAGGGUUCGGUGAGAUCAAGGAACAUUGCGCCGACUGGUCAGAUGCAACCGACAACUACGGCUGUCGCGUGGCUUUCCACAACUUUGAUCCCCGGCCACAGAGCGGGGUCGAGGGUCACCGCAUCAAGUUGGAGACUGCAGCUCUCGAGGUUCGGGAGCGUCAGUUGAGGCAGGGGGGCUCCGUUGUGCAGGAGUCGUCAUGGGACGAAGAAGCUUUGUAUGAUGUCGAGUUGGAGGGGUUUGUUGAGCAAAACGGGCGUCGCUUACGAAUCGGCAUCAAAGCAAGCCGGCAGGCUGUCGAGGAGGGUGUGGUUGAUCACUUGUUGGAACAAGUUUGCACAAAUUUCUUAGCCUUAAACACAGAUUUACAAGACCCGACCACCUAG